UAUAGACAGUCCUGUGUUCUGCUUUAGUAAUAUAAACACAGUCUCAAAGCCAGGUGUGUACUGACCAACCAUUCAACCCUUCCCUGAGGAAUGAGAUGAAGAUUCUUCAUGUAGAGGAACAUGGAGUGUCUUUAGAGGAAGUGCAUGAGGUCACCAGAUUCCAUGCUAAGAUUCUCCAUCCCAAGUUCUCAGCUAUCUCUGUUAUACUGAGAUAUAUAUUUUCUUGGAACGUAGAUGUCCACUCUGAGCUGAUGCUCUAUCUGACAGUGAAAAAGCAAACACUAAUUCCACGCCUAUACCUGUUCCCCAGUAACCCCGGCCAAAUACUGGCUGUGGAAGAACAGGAAUCAAAGUUUCAAGGGUCUAAAAGGAUUCCUAUCACAAGACCAGAGCAGUCCUUAAAACUGAAUAGUUCCUUCAGACUGAACAUUCCCUGUUCUACCUCCAUCUUUCCACCGAGGAUUCAUCUCAUACAUAGAGACACCACACCAAGCUUUUUCAAGGUGGUUAUGGAAAUUACAGGGAUUGAGAUGGAGUUAAUCGGUGAUGAUGAGAGGACAGUAUGGAAAGAAAUUGUACCAACAGAUGAAUACAUCACUGAAACCCAUUCAACUAGUGCUGUGUUGGGGGCAGGAGGUCCGGCUGAGAGCAGUCUGACUGGUCCUGCAGAGCAGCAGCUGCGUUCUGUACGGACAGAGUUUGUGAAACGAGUAUCAGGACCUGUCCUGAAUGAACUGCUGGACGGACUCCUGCAACACACAGUCAUCAACCAGGAGGAAAUGGAGUCAGUGAAGGUGAUAGCUGAGAGGACAGAGAAGGCACGUGACAUCAUCGACAUGGUGUUGAGAAAAGGAAAUGAGUCAUGUUCCAGGAUGAUCAACCUUCUUGGGGAGCUGGACCCCUGUCUUUGUUCACUGCUUCAGAUCAACAGUGUUGGAGAACCAACCUAAUGGUAGAAUGGAUAGUAACAGUGUUGGGGUACCAACCUAAUGGUAGAAUGGAUAGUAACAGUGUUGGGGUAC